AUGACACAAGAUUCAAAGGGUUUUUAUAAGAUUUUAGAUUUAGAACCAGGAUGUCCUUAUACUGAUGUAAGAAAAGCAUAUAACGUAAAAAUGAGGGAAUAUCAUCAACAAGGAAGAUUGACAAAAGAAAUUAAUAACAAUCCUAAUUUAUCAGCAGAGGAAAAGAAAACUAAGUUAGAUGAAGUAAAGAAGAAGAUGGAAGAAAUUAACAAUGCAUACAAUGUAUUGGGAAAUGAAGAAAAGAAAAAACAGUAUGAUUCUGGAACAGGAGAAUUUGCAGAGAAUCCAUUUGGAGGAAGUGGAGGAUUUCAUGGAGGAUUUGAUGUUAAUGAUAUUUUUAAUAUGUUCGGACAGGGAGGAUUUAGUUCAAGAAGAUCAGGAUCAUCUAGAAAAUCUAAGAUUUCAGACACAAAAACUAACGUAUCAAUUAGUAUGAAAGAAGCAUUUCUUGGUAAAAAGUCUAAGUUUAGAAUAAAUGUGGAUAGAUUAUGUGAUAGUUGUAACGGUAAAGGAAGUAGCAAAGUAAAACAAUGUUCAACAUGUAAAGGACAUGGUAGAUUAAUUCAACAAAGACAAGUAGGAUUUAUGGUAACAGAAACAGAAGUUGAAUGUGAGAAGUGUGUAGGUUCAGGGUCGAUUCCGGAUGGACCAACAUGUAAAAAGUGUAAUGGAGUUAAAAUAAUUAAAGAUAAAAGUGUUGUUGAAUUAACAAUUAGACCAGGAAUAGUUAAUGGAGAAAAGAUUACUAUGAGAGGUAAAGGAAAUCAAGCACCGGGAAGAGUUUCUGGGGAUUUAGUAUUCGUUAUUACAGUUAAAGAUCAACCUGGGUAUGUUAGGGUUAAUAAUGAUAUUAUUCACACCGUUAAUAUUGAUUUACUGACUGCUAUAACAGGAGGUGUUAUUUCAUUUGAACAUAUUGAUGGAAGAAAGUUAAGUGUAAAUUUAUCACCAAUGACUGAUUUAAAUUCUUCUAUUAAAAUUUACUAUCAAGGAUUUAAUGAUUCAAGAGGUGGUAAGGGAGAUUUCUAUAUUAAGCCAAAUAUUUUAGUAAAUAAGAAUCUUAAUAAAGAAGAAGUAUCUAAGGUUAUUAAACCAUUAGUUUAUAAUGUUAAUGAGGGUAUUAAUGUUAAUAGUCAGUACUGUUCUAAAUUACCAGAAGAUCAUACAUCAUCAAAUGGAAGUAGACAACAAUUUGAUUCAGAAGAAGAUUAUAUGGGAAAUCAACAAGAUUUUAUUGGCUCAAUGUUUAGUGGAUUUGGAAGAGGAUUUUAA